CGGUACCCCGCAGAAUCGGCUGAUUCUCGGCGAUUGAGGGCUGGCUUCGCGCUACCGACGGAGCUCCGUUAUCGGGCAUCAGGGCGUGUCCCAGGCGUAAUGUUGACCCGUGUUCGGCAAAGCACUUGGCUUCCCAUCCCUCAUUAGCCGAUAAGCGAUCCCCAGUCUUUCACGAGGCUGCGCUACCGAUAAAGAAAUGGGCAUCCGCGCAUCCACUGUCGGCGACGAGACUCCAUGGCCUGCUGAGGUGCCUGAUAGGCAGGACAGGCCGCAUCCACAAGAGUCAUUCUCUGAGACGAUUAUCAGCCCAGAGUCGUUCUUCGGCGAUCUUCGCUCACUAUUUGUGCAGACGGUGCUGCUUACUCAAUUGCAACAAUUGCGCAAGCAAGGUAGUUACCAUGCAUUCAAUUUGCAGUGGAAUACCAAAUAUGACAUCAGGAAGUUGCAUGGCGCUAAAUGUCCGAUCCUGGGCAGUCCCCCAACGCUCUACUGGGACUCAGACGUAGGAAAGUGGAUAGAAGCAGCAUGCUACUUCCUGUCGACUGCAGAUGGAAAGACCUCCCCGCUCGCGUCGGAAUUUGACGCAGCCAUUGAGGAAUUAGUUGCAAUGAUAAUCAAGGCUCAACAAGCGGAUGGCUAUCUCGGAACGUAUUUCACCGUUGUGGAUCCAAAGGGGCGUCUGAAGAAUUUGAGGGAUAUGCACGAAAUGUACUGUUGCGGUCAUCUCGUCGAGGCUGCGUUGGCUCAUCAUCAUUACACCGGUAGAGCUGAUUUCCUUAACGCCAUGAUCCGCUACGUUGAUCUCCUCUCCGCAACAUUCGGACCCGGGAAGCGACAGAGGCAUGGCUAUCCUGGCCAUCCCGAGCUGGAACUGGCUGUUCUUCGCCUCUACAGUCGCACAAAGAAUCCCAAGCAUUACGCCUUUGCCAAGUUCAUGCUGGAGGCCCGAGGCACCAGCGAGUCUGAUUUGGGUGACAAGACAUUCUUCGUCUGGGAAGCGGAGCAACGCAGAGACACUUACUUCCAUCGGACCAUGAGUGACAUCCGAGAUGGUCGGUACCACCAAUGGCACGCUCCGUUGCAUGACCAAACCGCGAUCCUCGGUCACGCAGUCCGGGCGAUGUACCUGUUGACUGCGGCGGCGGACAUGGAGGGAGAUCUGCAUAACGAUGCCAAACGUCUGUGGACCGACGCAGUGGACAACAAAAUGUACGUGACUGGAGGCAUAGGCAGUGUUCCCGAGAUUGAAGGAUUCUCCGAGAUUCCCCAUUUUCUCCCCAACAGUACGGCGGAGGGGGGCUGUUAUGCCGAGACAUGUGCCAGCAUAGCCUGUAUGAUGGUGUCGGAACGGCUGCUCAGUCACAGAUUGGAUGGAAAGGUCCGCGAUGUCAUGGAGCGGUGUCUUUACAAUACAGUCAUUGGCGGAGCAAGCCUGGACGGCAAGACAUUCUACUAUGCCAAUCCGCUGGCCACAUCAGGCGAUGAGGUCGCGGACCGCUCCGAAUGGUUUGAUGUGUGCUGCUGCCCACCAAAUCUUUGCCGGACUGUUGGUCUGAUUGGCGGCUACGCAUGGUCCGUCGAGCCGUUCACCGAUGAAAAACGAGUGAUCCAUCUAAAUGUCUACCUAUACCUUUCGGCUACCCGAAGCAUUCCACUGCCUGAUGGAAGCGUAGCUACAGUGGAAAUGAAGAGCGAGAUGCCCUGGUCAAGCAAAACAACACUACGGUUCCACGCCCCAGAGGGGUGGUCGUGGCGUGUGAAUUUGCCCAGGCCAGGGUACGCCUCUCGGUUCUCAAUCGACGGACAAAGGCAUUCAUCUGAAGGAGAUGGCAGCAGCUUCGUCAACCUGAUAUUGGACCACUCUGCCCAGACAGAGGUUCAUUACGACAUGCCUAUCCGAGUGCUGAGCCCUCACCCUUCCACUCAUCAAGACACUGUGACAGUCACCCGGGGACCGAUCGUUUAUUCUGCCGAAGCCUUCGACAAUGCCGCGUUGGAUCGAUUGUCUCCUCACUUUGACACUGUAGGGCUGCUGGAGUCGGCCAGUUUUACCGAGGCGCGCAUCCGUAUCGGACGGAUGACAGUAAUCGCCUUGGAUACACGUGACGCCUUCCAGGUCAAGCGUCAGGGGAAGGAUGACAUCGGUUCUACUAAGGUAGUGAAUGGCUCAGCACAGACGUUGGAGAAGGCAGAUAGCCCUCUCAGACUGAUCCCUUUCUUUGCUCGCUGCAAUAGGCAGAAAGAUGAACGGAUUCGGACGAGUUUCAUACGAGUGCCACGGGACAGCGUGUAAUUUCUACGUCAAAAAUGUAUGAAAAAAUGCUCCCG